AAACUGGACAAGGGCCUGCUUGGGCUCCUGGUCCUGGAUCGGUACGCCGGCUCAGUCACCUGAUGACGGCGGCGCACAGCGUGACCUACCCGCCCUACAGCCGGCCCAGCAGGCGGACGGAGAGGCCCGCCCGGGCCCAGUGCCGCACGGAGAGGCGGUGGCGCUGGAGGCCAACACCCCGGCUCGCGACCUGUAGCUGACGGUGCUGGAGCCGCGAGUCACCGUGUUGGCUGGCCAUGGAGACUUGGAAAAGGCCGGUGAGGUGCGUCUCCAGCUGCGCUGUCAGACGAUCCAGUGGAACGAGCAGCAGCCCAUGUACCCGUCCCGGCUGUGCCGGUGUGUCUCCCAGCUUGAGCAGCGCCGGCCGACCGCUGCGCUGCUCUACAACUGCCACGUCCACACACGAUGCACGGUGACGGCUGACCAGGCGGUGCUGGUCUCGACCGCGGCCGACGGCCAGCCCGCCCAGGAGCACCAGGUCGCCUCGCUCUCCUCAGCCUCGGUCUACUGGAAGGCGCUGCUGGCGCCGGCCCUGUGGGCCGGCUCCCAGCACCCGCUCACAGAGCAGGUGUGCCACGCCGACUGGCUGCACUGCGCCGACGACCGGGGGACCGCCGGCGCUGAGCCGGCCGGCUCGCAGCUGGACCUGCCACUAGAGACGGACCUGUGCGACCUGGACGUGCGGCUGUGUCAGACCGGCUGGUGCUGGGCCGGCGCCGCCCGGUGCGCUGUCAGCUGGACGGCCGGCCCGUGCUGGCCGCGCCCCAGGCGGCCGACGCGCCGGCUCCCGGCGGCGGCGGCGAGCGGGCGGUACGGGCGCUGCUGCAGCUGCCGACAGCUGCCGCCGCCGCGGACAGCUGCCCGCUGCUGGUGGUCGUCUCCGAGCCGGCCCUGCUCUGCUGGCAGCCGGCACUGCUGCUCUGGCUGUCCCUGGCCACUCAGCUGGCCAGCAGCUGAGUGGCCCGGCGCCGCCGCCACUACCCCAGCCGCCCGAGCCGCCGCCGCCGCCGCCGCCAUGGAUGUGCCCCGGCCGCAAGGACACUCGGGUACCUCGCGAUCGGCACGGAGCCACACCACGGAGAGGAACCUACCCGCAGUGUCACCCAACACCUCCGCUGCGGCGGCCGUCUCCCCCACUCCGCCGGCGCCGCCCGCCGCUCCGACUUUGGCCUGGCUGCCGGCCCUGGAGCGUCUGGAGGUGCGCCUUCAGAUCAGCGCGGUCACCGUCACCGUUCCGGCCGGUCCAGAGAGCGGCGGCGGGGCGGCCGGGGACGCGGAGCGGACGGCGGACCCGCUCCCGGCCGCGGCCGGCCACCACCCGGCGCCGGUACCGGGCCGGGUCCGCAGCAGCAGCGACUCGGGCCACCGGUACUGCCUGCACGGACAGCUGGUCUCUGUGCUGCCGUCAGUCCGACUGGACAGCGCUGCGCUCAAAUCGGCCGCCCUGCCGACAGUGCCGGAGGUGCCCGUCCGACUCACCAGACCUUCAGCGGCCGCAGCCGGCUCCCAGCUGCGCUUGCCGAGCCAGACGCAGCAGGUGAUGUCGCCGUCGGUCGUGGUGCGCGACUGUGCGUCCAUCCCGUGUCCAACGCCCCCCCCCCCCCCCACACCGCGCGCUGCUGCCGGGCCCGCCGUCGUAGUUUUAUGGCCUUGCGCCGUCAGUCGCCAGCUGGUGGUGGCGACCCGUGAUCGCUCGCGUACGUUCGCCGGCGCGCCCAUUGCAGAGAAGGGGUUCGCGCAUGCCCAUUGUAGAGGGGCGCGCCCCUUGCGGAGGCGGUACGCGCUACGCUGUAGACAGUAAUGCUUGUUGGGUAGCCCCUUUGCACAUUGUUUGUUCAUGGAUGUAAAUACAAGUUACAUGACUGAU